CACUCCUAUUUCCCUUUCUUCCUAUAAAUUACUCCAAACACCUUCCUUCAGUUCACCACGAUCUUAUUCUUUCUUCUCUUCCUACGUUUCUUGCCGGUUCUUUCUUCUACUGCUUUUUAGGCUUCGUUCUGCAGUUCUCAGCCAAAGAAGUUCUUGUUCGGAUCUCUUAACCUGUAGAAAAUGAAGAAAGUAAUUUUGAAAUUGGAGUUGAACGAUGACAAAGAUAAGAAAAAAGCCAUGAAGAAAGUCUCUGCCCUCUCAGGUGUGGAUUCAAUCUCGCUGGACAUGAAGGACAAGAAAUUGACAGUAACAGGGGAUGUUGAUCCAGUAAAUAUAGUAAGCAAACUGAGAAAGCUCUGUCACACAGAGAUAGUUUCUGUAGGACCAGCAAAAGAGCCAGAAAAGAAGAAGGAAGAGCCCAAGAAAGAGGAGCCAAAGAAGCAAGAAGAGAAGAAGAAAGACGAUAAAAAAGAUGAUGUAGCCAAGCUUGUUGAAGCCUACAAGGCCUAUAAUCCUCAUAUGACCACAUACUAUUAUGUUAGAAGUGCAGAGGAAGAUCCCAAUGCCUGUGUCAUUUGCUAGAUAGAUGUAUUACAGCAAGUUAAAGAAGAAAUAAUUGGAGGGAAAAGCGAUUGUUACUUUACUGGUUGGUCAUAUUAAAUUUAGAAUAUGAAUGAUAAUACUUUCUGUACAGUAGGCAAUGCUGGGAUGUUCAUAUUCAUGUUUGUUUGUUUGUUUGUCUUUCUUUUUUAUAUUUUUUAUUUCCUCAUGUAUCAAAUUUUGGUAGUGAUUUUUCAUUUAUGGGUGAUCUCUAUUUUCCUUUUCA